GAAAGCAGGCGGCGGGGCGGGAUCAUGGCGGCCGCGCCGCUGCUGGUGCGGGUGAGCCCUGCGCUCGCCGACACCAAGAAGGCGAUCUCUAAGCUCCAGAAAUACUUCCAGUCGCGAAAGCGGUCGGAGGGCGGCGAGUGCAACGUGCGCCCGGGCCCCAAGGCCGGCACCUACUGGGUGGACUUCUCUGAGGAGCAAGAUAGGAAGCGUGUGGAAUCCCGCUCAAAACACACCUUGGAAUUGGAUGAAAGAUGCUACGAGAUAGUCAUCCUGCCGGGAGAAGGGGACCCGGGCAAGAGCCGGGUUACAGCGCACGCCUCUGCCAGCUACAGCAAGGUCACUGCUGGCCCUUCCCUGCCCCAGCUGGAGCAGUGGGACAACGGUGGCUAUGGGGCCACAGCAAAGGAAGACCUUACCAGAAAGAUAUUUCUUACAGUAUCUGCUACUUUGAAUACCAGUAUGUUCACUGAAGACCAAAGGGAGAAAAUUACCAUUAUGUGUCCAAAUUUAAAGAGAGAAGGAAACCCUGGCGUGGAUGGCUCUGAGAAAUUGACAGGAGAUUUUACAGAUAUUGAAAAAGCUUAUCACUACUUUGAAGAUAUCCUUGCAGGCAAAGACCCAAACCAUGAUUUUUCACAUUCUGAAUGUAAGAAUGGUUUGAAAGAUGAAAAUGGCCUGAAUACUGAAGAAGUGGUUGAGUUUACAGUUGUGACAGCUCUCUAUGAAUAUUUUAUUCAUACCCGCAAAGCGGAAAUCAAAGAACUACACAAAAGGUUUGGAGCAUGUAUAAGAAUUAAAGGUCAUGAUGAGGAUAACACAUUCAUAUACAUAUCUUCUGAUAAAAGUCCUGCAUUGUUACAAGCAGCUAGUGAUUCUUUUAUCAGAACUUUCCAGGAAGCUACAAAAGAUCUGAUACAGGAAAAAGUUCCCAUAACAAAGAGUGACACAUUAAAAGAGAUAAUAGUAAAAUUAAAUGAAAGGUUUAGAAAUCUCCUUGCUAAAGAGGAAGGGAAUCAGUUGCUACUCCGUGGUCCAGGGAGUGAUAUUUUAGCUGCCCUAAAAUUUCUAGCAGGGGAAGGUGAGAACAACCAAGCUGAAAAGAAUAUGAAAAUAUCUGAAUGGUACAAAUACAGGGAUGGAAUUGAAGUUGAUGCUUCGGUGUUUAAAUUGUUGGAAACCAUACUAAACAAAGAAAUUGAAAACAUAAAUGGCAAAUUUGAUACACUGGUAGAAAUAAAAGAGAAGUCAUAUGGCCAGAAGACCAUAAUAUUUAGGCCUAAAUCCGAAACUUCUGAUAUGUCAUCACAUGCUACUGAAAGUUUCAUCAAUGCAUUUCAGAGUGCCUCUGCAAUGUUAAGAGAAAAAGUCAUCAGCUUGAAGCUUUCAGAAUAUCAGAAGAAAACUUUAAGUGUGCUACUUAAUGAUAAGUUUGAAGAUCUUCAUGUGAAACUUCAGAAGAAUGAAGAUGAGUUAAUCAUAAGGGGUUUACCAGACCAUCUUUGUGCUGCUGAAAAGUACAUGAAGUCCCUUCUGAGCACUGUAGGGACACAAACUGGGAAUAGGGCACCACUGUCCUCUGACCUCAGCUCUCAAGAAGCUACAGGAGCAUCUAAGAAGUCCAGUGUUAGGCAAAAGAAUAACCUUUCUUCUGAAGGACAGACUCAGGCAAAGACAGAAGAAAAAGAUGAUGAGUGUCCAAUUUGCAGGGACACAAUUGAAGAUAAAAAAAUACUAGAAAAGUGCAAACAUGCAUUUUGCAAAACUUGCAUUGACACAGCCAUGGCUUAUAAACAAACUUGUCCAGUUUGUAAUACUGUCUGUGGAGUCCUGACAGGAAACCAACCAGAGGGAACAAUGUCAGUUAGAACAAUCAGUUUGUCUCUUCCUGGUUAUCCCAAUUGUGGCACCAUUCAAAUUGACUAUGAUAUGAAUGGUGGUAUUCAAACUAGCAGUCACCCAAACCCAGGGCAGCGUUAUGGGCCAGAUCACCGAAGAGCAUAUUUACCUGACAAUGAGGAAGGGCGAGAAAUUCUGCAGCUCCUCAAAAGGGCCUUUCAACAAAAGUUGAUUUUCACAGUGGGGCAGUCACGUACUACUGGUGCACGAAACGUUAUCACAUGGAAUGAUAUUCACCACAAAACUGCCAUGGAGGGAGGACCUACCGUGUUUGGUUACCCAGAUCCUUCUUAUCUGCAGCGUGUUCGAUCAGAACUGAAAGCAAAAGGAAUUGAAUAA